CUGCCUACUCACCACAGCCAUGAGAUCCUCCUCAGUGUAGAGAGAGACUCAUUUGCCCUUUGCUGCGUGGGACUGGACGGCACAUCUCAUAAAUGGCUGAGGAGGUUUUAAUUCCAUCAUCGGGGAAAAUCACAUCGCAACUGACCGGCUCUUUGUUGGCGGUGGCAUUCCUCACCUCCUUUGGGAGCUCCAUGCUCUAUGGCUACAAUUUGGCAGUGGUCAACUCCCCUGCUGUGCACAUAAAGAACUUCUACAACAGGACAGUGUUGAGUCGCAAUGGAACAGCACUCAGUGAGGAGAGCCUCACCCUCAUGUACUCUCUCACUGUCUCUAUCUUCGCUAUUGGAGGUCUGGUGGGCUCUCUCAUCGUGGGCAUGCUGGUCACUCGCUUUGGCAGGAAAGGCACAGUGGUAAAAACCACAGUGUUGGUGUUUAUUGCCAGCUCACUGAUGGGCUUCAGCAGGAUUUGUGGUUCACCUGAGAUGGUCAUCAUUGGCCGCUUUAUCACAGGGAUUCACUCAGGCAUCUCUUUAAGUGUGGUGCCGAUGUACCUGGGUGAGAUAGCUCCUAAGAAUCUGCGAGGCUUCCUGGGUCUCAUGCCGAGUAUCUUUAUUGGCACCGGAGUCUUUGCCGCCCAAAUCCUCGGCCUACAUGAACUUCUAGGAAAGGAGGAAUACUGGCCCCUCUCUCUGUCAGUGGUGGUGGUACCCACUUUCAUCCAGUUGAUUAUGCUGCCAUGGUUCCCAGAGAGUCCCCGGUACCUGCUGAUUGAGAAGCACAACAUCCAUGCCACCAUAACAGCGCUGAAGUGGUACAGAGCCAAGUGCAACAUCCAGGCGGAAAUUGAAGAGAUGCAGGAGGAGCAGCGCUCCCUGUCGUCGGUAGAGACACUGUCAGUGUGGAAACUGUUACACGACGGCACAGUCCGCUGGCAGGUGCUCAGCGUGGUGGUCAUCAACAUUGGCAUGCAGCUGUCUGGCAUCGAUGCUAUCUGGUUCUACACCAAUGCCAUCUUUAAGGAUGCCGGUAUCCCAGCAGCAGAGAUCCAGUACACCACAGCUGGAACAGGAGUUAUAGAGAUCAUCGCUGGACUCAUUGGGUGUUUUUCCAUAGAGAAGCUGGGCAGGAGGCCUCUCAUGAUCGGAGGGUUUUCCAUCAUGGGCAUCUGCAGCGUGGGAAUCACAAUAGCCCUCAUUUUACAGGUUCACUUGUCAUUUAUGCGCUACAUUAGUGUCUGUUGUGUGGUUGGCAUCAUCGCUGGCUUCUGUAUCGGCCCAGCCGGGGUUCCCUUCCUGAUCACAGCAGAGCUGUUUAAACAGUCCCACCGGCCGGCUGCCUACAUCGUUGGAGGAUCGCUCAACUGGCUGUCGAACUUCACCGUGGGCUUCGUCUUCCCCUUCUUACAGAUGUCAGCAGGGUCUUACUGCUACUUGGUGUUUGGCACCAUUUGUUUUUCCGUGGCAGUCUAUGUGUACAUCGUGAUCCCGGAGACCAAAAACAAGACGUUCAUGGAGAUCAGCCGGAUGUUCUCAAAGACGGAGGCCAUCCUAGAGACCCAGGGCUUGUCCCACAUGGACCAGCUGAAACUGAAAAAGAUGAAUGGCUAUGGUGGAAUGGAACAUACUUCACUGGAGUUUGACAGCUCUUCUUCUAUACCCUAGCUGAGCCUCAGGGUCUUACUGGGACUGCAAAACUAGUUAUGACUCGUUGUAUGUACACAUUAACCAAACACCAGCUCAGUUGGCUCUGGUGGGGUGUACCGCAUGUGCAUGAAAUUGGUCAGACAUUGGGAACUUGAUACCAUGAAGCCAGAAUUUGCGCAGUAGCCCUUUGGUAUCAAGUUCCCAACGUUUGACCAAUUGCAAGCAAUUUAAACCAAAUUUAUCAGUAAAACAGGCACUUGAGCAAACAUCAGGGUUACAAGAACCACCUUAAAUCACAGAAACCAUCUUAGAGAAAAAAAUAUUGGACAAGUUUUUAGUUUGACCCAUGUCCCAUUCACCCAUUCACGGGCUUUAUGAGCUAUACUGCAGCCAGCCACCUGGGGGUGAUCCAGAUGUGUUGCCUUUA